AUGGCGCACAGCUGUCGGUGGCGCUUCCCCGCCCGGCCCGGGACCACCGGGGGCGGCGGCGGCGGGGGGCGCCGGGGCCUGGGGGGCGCCCCGCGCCAGCGCGUGCCGGCCCUGCUGCUCCCGCCCGGGCCCGCGGGCGGCGGCGCGGCCGGGGCGCCCCCCUCCCCCGCGGCCGCGGCGGCGGGAAGCGGCGGGGCCGCGGCUGCGGUGGGAGCGGCCGCCGCCUCGGCAGCCCCCGCGGCGCCCGCCGCGUCCUCGGCGCCGUCCGCGCCCGCGGCCCCCGCCGGGCCGGCGCUGCUCCGGGUGGGCCCCGGCUUCGACGCGGCGCUGCAGGUCUCGGCCGCCAUCGGCACCAACCUGCGCCGGUUCCGGGCGGUGUUUGGGGAGAGCGGCGGGGGAGGCGGCAGCGGAGAGGAUGAGCAGUUCUUAGGUUUUGGCUCAGAUGAAGAAGUCAGAGUACGAAGUCCCACCAGGUCUCCUUCAGCCAAGAGCAGUCCUCGCAAGCCCCGCGGGAGGCCUCGCAGCGGCUUUGACCGGAGCCCCGCCCUCCUCGCCGACCCGCCCGCCUUCCCCCCUCUCGGCAAGCCAGAGACCAAGCCCGCAGAUAAGAUCAGGAAGAAAGACUCUAAAAGUUUAGAAAAGAAGAGAGGAAGACCUCCCACCUUCCCUGGAGUGAAAAUCAAAAUAACGCACGGCAAGGACGUUUCCGAGUUACCAAAGGGAAGCAAAGAAGACAGCCUGAAAAAGAUCAAACGGACCCCGUCCGCCACGUUCCAGCAAGCCACCAAGAUUAAAAAGCUGCGAGCAGGCAAGCUCUCCCCCCUCAAGUCCAAGUUCAAGGCGGGGAAGCUGCAGAUCGGAAGGAAGGGGGUGCAGAUUGUCCGGCGGCGCGGCCGGCCGCCCUCCACCGAGAGAGUCAAGGCGCCGGCGGGCCUCCUGCUCGGCUCGCCCCCGGACAAGCCCCCGAAGGCCCGCAGGGACGCGGACGGGGCGCCGGCCGCCGCCAAGGACGACAAGACGGUGAGGCAGAGCCCUCGGCGGGUGAAGCCCGUGCGGAUCAUCCCGUCCUCCAAAAGGACGGACGCCGCCAUCGCCAAGCAGCUGCUGCAGCGCGCCAAGAAGGGGGCGCAGAAGAAGAUCGAGAAGGAGGCGGCCCAGCUGCAGGGCCGCAAGGCGAAGACGCAGGUCAAGAACAUCCGGCAGUUCAUCAUGCCCGUGGUCAGCGCCAUCUCCUCGCGCAUCAUCAAGACGCCCCGCCGCUUCAUCGAGGACGAGGACUACGACCCGCCCAUCAAGAUCGCGCGCCUGGAGCCCGCGCCCGGCGGCCGCUUCGGCGCCGCGUCCUGCGGCUCCUCCGACAAGUCGAGCGCCGCCUCGCAGCACUCCUCGCAGCUGUCCUCCGACUCGUCGCGCUCCAGCAGCCCCAGCGUGGACACCUCCAGCGACUCGCAGGCCUCGGAGGAGAUGCCGGGGCUCCCCGAGGAGCAGGGCCACACCCCCGAGGCGCACGCGCCGCUGCCCGCCGCCCAGGCCCCGGAGAGCGACCGGAACGACCGGCGGGGCCGGCGCUACUCGGCGUCGGAGCGGAGCUUCGGGGCCAGGGCGGCCAAGAAGCUGUCGGCGCUGCCGAGCGCGCCGCCGCCGCCGCCGCCCGCGGCCCCCGCCUCGCCGCCGCCGCCGCUGCUGUCGCCGCCGCCGCCCCUGCAGCCGGCCGCCGGCCUGGCGGACGCCACGCCCUGGCUGCUGCCGCCCACCAUCCCGCUGGCGUCGCCCUUCCUGCCCGCGCCCGCCGCGCCGCUGCAGGGCAAGCGCAAGUCCAUCCUGCGCGAGCCCACCUUCCGCUGGACGUCGCUGAAGCACUCGCGCGCCGAGCCGCCCUUCUUCUCCUCCGCCAAGUACGCCAAGGAGGGCCUCAUCCGCAAGCCCGUCUUCGACAACUUCCGGCCGCCGCCGCUCACGCCCGAGGACGUGGGCUUCGCCGCGGGCUUCUCGGCGCCCGGCGCCGCGCGGCUCUUCGCGCCGCUGCACGCGGGGCCGCGGUUCGACGUGCACAAGCGGAGCCCGCUGCUGCGCGCGCCGCGCUUCACGCCCAGCGAGGCGCACUCCCGCAUCUUCGAGUCCGUCACGCUGCCCGGCGGCCGCGCCCCCGCCGCGCCCAGCCGCAAGCGCAAGCGCCGCGUGUUCAGCCCGCUGCGCGCUGAGCCGCGCUCGCCGUCGCAUUCCAUGCGCACGCGCAGCGGCCGCCUCAGCGCCGCCGAGCUGUCGCCGCUCACGCCACCGCCCGGGGCCGCCUCGCUGAGCCUCGCCGCCAGCCCCCACGCCGCCAGUGCCUUAAGCCCCGCCUUCACCUUCCCCGCGCACCCGCUGGCGCCGGGGGAGGCCGCCGAGAAGGCCCCGCGGCCCCGGAGGCCCGGCGCCCCCGCCGAGCCCUUCGCGGCGGGCGGCCCCGCGCCGCUCUUCCCCUGGUUCACGCCCGGCGCCCAGGCCGACCGGGGCCGCGCCCGCGACCGCGCCCCCGAGGAGCCGGCCCGCGACCGCGACCGCGACGGCGCCGACAAGCCCGCGGAGAAGGACAAGGGCCGAGAGCGCGACCGCGAGCGGGAGAAGGAGAACAAGAGGGAGUCCCGCAAAGAGAAGCGCAGAAAGGGGUCCGAGAUCCAAGCCGCUGCCCUGUUCCCCGCGGGCAGGGCGGUCAAGGACAAGGCUGGCGGGGAAGAGGCGGCCGCGUCGUCGUCGUCCGCCAAGAAGGUCACGGGGCGCAAGAAGUCUUCGUCCCUCGAUCCUGGGCCCGAGGUUGCUGCCGUGACCCUGGGGGACUCGGCCGCUGUCAAAACCAAAAUCCUGAUCAAGAAAGGGCGAGGGAGCCUGGACAAGGCCGGCCUGGACCUCGGCGCCGCCGCCGCCCCGCCGCCCGAGAAGGAGAAGGCCCUGUGCCUGCCCGCGCCCGGCCUCAAGCACGCCGCGCCCUCCAUCGGCUCCAUGCUGGCGCAGGCGGACAAGCUCCCCAUGACCGACAAGAGGGUCGCCAGCCUCCUCAAGAAGGCCAAGGCCCAGCUCUGCAAGAUCGAGAAGAGUAAGAGUCUUAAGCAAACCGACCAGCCCAAAGCACAGGGUCAAGAAAGUGACUCAUCAGAGACCUCUGUGCGAGGACCCCGGAUUAAACACGUCUGCAGAAGAGCUGCCGUGGCCCUUGGCCGAAAACGCGCUGUGUUUCCUGACGACAUGCCCACCCUGAGUGCCUUACCGUGGGAAGAACGAGAGAAGAUUUUGUCUUCCAUGGGGAAUGAUGACAAGUCCUCCAUUGCCGGCUCAGAAGAUGCUGAGCCUCUUGCUCCGCCCAUCAAGCCGAUCAAACCCGUCACCAGGAACAAGGCACCCCAGGAGCCCCCCGUGAAGAAGGGCCGGCGCUCCAGGCGGUGUGGGCAGUGCCCUGGCUGCCAGGUGCCCGAGGACUGUGGUGUCUGCACUAACUGCCUGGAUAAGCCCAAGUUCGGAGGCCGCAACAUAAAGAAGCAGUGCUGCAAGAUGAGAAAAUGUCAGAAUCUACAGUGGAUGCCUUCGAAAGCCUAUCUUCAGAAGCAAGCAAAAGCUGUGAAAAAGAAAGAGAAGAAGUCCAAGAGCAGUGAAAAGAAAGAGAGUAAAGAGAACAGUGUUGUGAAGAGCGUAGUGGACGCCAAUCAGAAGCCCCUCCCGUCGGCACGUGAGGACCCCGUCCCCAAGAAAAGCAGCAGUGAGCCUCCCCCUCGGAAGCACACAGAAGAGAAGAGCGAAGAGGGGCCCGCCUCUGCUCCGGCGCCCGAACCCAAACAGGCUCCCACGCCAGCCUCCAGGAAGUCCAGCAAGCAGGCCUCCCAGCCAGCGCCCGCGCCCCCCCCUCAGCCACCCAGCACGGCACCCCCCAGGAAAGACGCCCCCAAGGCAGCUCCCAGCGAGCCCAAGAAGAAGCAGCCCCCGCCGCCGGACCCAGGUCCAGAGCAAAGCAAGCAGAAAAAGGUGGCUCCUCGCCCAAGUAUUCCUGUAAAACAAAAACCAAAAGAAAAGGAAAAACCACCUCCCGUCAGUAAGCAGGAGAACGCAGGCACUCUGAACAUCCUCAGCACUCUCUCCAACGGCAGCAGCUCCAAGCAGAAGGUCCCCGCAGAUGGCGUCCACAGGAUCAGAGUGGACUUUAAGGAGGAUUGUGAAGCCGAGAACGUGUGGGAGAUGGGCGGCUUGGGCAUCCUGACCUCCCUCCCCAUCACGCCCAGGGUGGUGUGCUUCCUCUGUGCCAGCAGUGGGCACGUGGAGUUUGUGUAUUGCCAAGUCUGCUGUGAGCCCUUCCACAGGUUCUGUUUAGAGGAGAACGAGCGCCCCCUGGAGGACCAGCUGGAAAACUGGUGUUGCCGUCGCUGCAAGUUCUGUCACGUUUGUGGAAGGCAGCACCAAGCCACAAAGCAGCUGCUGGAAUGUAAUAAGUGCCGAAACAGCUAUCACCCUGAGUGCCUAGGACCUAACUACCCCACCAAACCUACCAAGAAAAAGAAAGUGUGGAUCUGCACCAAGUGUGUGCGCUGCAAGAGCUGCGGAUCCACCACCCCAGGCAAAGGCUGGGACGCGCAGUGGUCCCACGACUUCUCACUGUGCCACGACUGUGCCAAACUCUUUGCUAAAGGAAACUUCUGCCCUCUCUGUGAUAAGUGUUAUGACGAUGACGACUAUGAGAGUAAGAUGAUGCAGUGUGGGAAAUGUGAUCGCUGGGUCCAUUCCAAAUGUGAGAAUCUUUCAGAUGAGAUGUAUGAGAUCCUGUCGAAUCUGCCGGAAAGUGUGGCCUACACGUGUGUGAACUGCACCGUGCGGCACCCUGCAGAGUGGCGGCUGGCCCUGGCCACGGCGCUGCAGGCCUCCCUCAAGCAGGUGCUGACGGCCUUGCUGAACUCUCGGACCACCAGCCACUUGCUACGCUACCGACAGGCUGCCAAGCCCCCAGACUUAAACCCCGAGACGGAGGAGAGCAUACCUUCCCGCAGCUCCCCGGAGGGCCCGGACCCGCCGGUGCUCACCGAGGUCAGCAAGCAGGAGGAGCCGCAGCCUGUGGAUCUGGAAGGGGUCAAGAAGAAGAUGGACCAAGGGAACUACACGUCUGUGUUGGAGUUCAGUGAUGACAUCGUGAAGAUCAUCCAGGCGGCCAUUAAUGCAGAUGGAGGGCAGCCGGAGCUUAAGAAAGCCAACAGCAUGGUCAAGUCCUUCUUCAUUCGGCAAAUGGAACGUGUUUUUCCAUGGUUCAGUGUCAAAAAGUCCAGAUUUUGGGAACCAAAUAAAGUAUCAAGCAACAGCGGGAUGCUACCCAAUGCAGUGCUUCCGCCUUCACUUGACCAUAACUAUGCUCAGUGGCAGGAGCGAGAGGACAGCGGCCGCACUGAGCAGCCUCCGCUAAUGAAGAAGAUCAUUCCGGCUCCCAGACCCAAAGGGCCCGGAGAGCCAGACUCGCCCACGCCCUCGCACCCCCCCACGCCGCCCGCUCUGAGUACUGAUAGGAGUCGAGAAGAUAGUCCAGAACUGAACCCACCCCCGGGCAUAGAAGACAACAGACAGUGCGCGUUAUGUCUGACUUACGGCGAUGACGGUGCCAAUGAUGCCGGCCGCUUGCUAUACAUUGGCCAGAAUGAGUGGACGCAUGUGAACUGUGCUCUGUGGUCGGCAGAAGUGUUUGAGGACGAUGACGGGUCCCUGAAGAAUGUGCACAUGGCUGUGAUCCGGGGCAAGCAGCUGCGAUGCGAGUUCUGUCAGAAGCCGGGUGCCACCGUAGGCUGCUGUCUCACCUCCUGCACCAGCAACUACCACUUCAUGUGCUCGCGGGCCACGCACUGCGUGUUCCUGGACGACAAGAAGGUGUACUGCCAGCGGCACCGGGACCUGAUCAAGGGCGAGGUGGUUCCUGAGAAUGGAUUUGAAGUCUUCAGAAGAGUGUUUGUGGACUUUGAAGGAAUCAGCUUGAGGAGGAAGUUCCUUAAUGGCUUGGAACCAGAAAAUAUUCACAUGAUGAUUGGCUCCAUGACAAUCGAUUGCUUGGGAAUUCUCAACGAUCUGUCUGACUGUGAGGACAAGCUGUUUCCAGUUGGAUACCAGUGCUCCCGGGUGUACUGGAGCACCACGGACGCCCGCAAGCGCUGCGUGUACACCUGCAAGAUCGUGGCGUGCCGCCCGCCCGCCGCGGAGCCGGACGUCAACAGCACCGUGGAGCACGAUGAGAACAGGACCAUCGCCCACAGCCCCACGUCUUUUGCAGAAAUGUCAUCUAAAGAAAGUCAAGACGCAGCCGAACUUGUAAGUCCUUCAUCACCAGACCGACAUCCUCAUACGCAGACCUCUGGGUCCUGUUUUUAUCAUGUCAUCUCAAAGGUUCCUAGGAUUCGAACACCCAGUUAUUCUCCAACACAGAGGUCCCCUGGCUGUCGGCCACUGCCUUCUGCAGGAAGUCCUACGCCCACCACUCACGAAAUCGUCACGGUGGGUGACCCUCUGCUGUCCUCGGGGCUCCGAAGCAUCGGCUCCAGGCGGCACAGCGCGCCGUCCUCGGCACCCCAGGCGUCGAGGCUCCGCAUGACGUCCCCAGUGAGAGCGGGGAGCACUCACUCCAAGAACAGCGGCCCCUCCGCCUCCGCCCCGGGGACCGCUGCGGACCUGGAGGCCAGUGCCAAAGCAGCCGAUCGUGUCCUGGGGCCGCUGACGGCAAAUACUAACUUACGGCAAAACGCUCCCACCGCUCCCGGCUCGCAGAGGACAGUGGUGACGAUCGCCACCAAAGCCAGCCACGGGGAUGGCUCUGCCACUUCAGAAACGAAGCACCCCAGCGCGUCAGACCUGGCUGCCAGCUCCUCUCUGAAAGGAGAAAAGGCCAAGCUGCUGAGCUCCAAGGGCUCCGAGGGUGCUGCUCACAGCACGGCCCACCCCGGGCUCCCCAGGCCGGCCCCGCAGCGUCACGGUCACAGUCUGCCGUCGGGCGAACCGAGCGUCAGUAAGAUGGGCACGUUUGCGGAAUUCUCCGCGGUGCCCUUCUCCUCCAGAGAGGCCCUCCCGCUCCCGCCGCUGCACCUGAGGGGGCAGAGGAACGACUGGGACCCACAGCCAGACCCCUCCCCGGCGGGGAGCGCCCCCGCAGAGGGUGCUGCGGAAGUCAGAGCCUUGAAGCUGUCGGGAGUGGGAAGCAGGUCGUCUCUCCUCGGCGAGCACGUGGGCUCCAGAGACAGGAGGCCGAAGGGGAAGAAGUCUAGUAAGGAAACUUCCAGAGAAAAGCGCUCCAGUAAGUCCUUCUUGGAGCCUGGCCAGGUUGCCGCUGCGGAGGAAGGAAGCCUGACGGCGGAGUUUGUGGAUGAGGUUUUGCCUCCGGAGUUUCCGGGGCCACGGCCGUGUAACAGUGUGUCUUCUGAUAAGAUUGGGGACAGGGUCCUUGCUUCUCCUGGUGUCCCCAAAGCUCCGUCCGUGCAAGGAGAAGGCCCUGCCACGGAAUUACAGACACCCCGAAAACGCACGGUCAAAGUGACACUGACACCCCUGAAGAUGGAAGGUGAGAGUCAGUCCAGAAACGCCCUGAAGGAACACAGUCCUGCUUCCUCGUUGCAGACAGAGUCCGCCUCCCCCUCGGAGCCUGUCUCCACCUCCGAAAGCCCGGGAGCCGGGCCCGUGGCCCAGCCGGGCCCUGGCAGCACCGCCUCCCAGGAGCCUCCAGGCAACAGCUACCAGCCUCUCCCCGUGCAGGACCGGAACCUCCUGCUGCCCGACGGGCCCAAGCCCCAGGAGGACGGGUCCUUCAAGAGGAGGUACCCCCGGCGCAGCGCACGGGCCCGCUCCAACAUGUUCUUCGGGCUCACCCCCCUCUACGGGGUCCGGUCCUACGGGGAAGAGGACCUUCCGUUCUACAGCAGCUCCACGGGGAAGAAACGGGGCAAGAGGUCAGCGGAGGGGCAGGUGGAUGGGGCUGACGACCUGAGCACCUCCGAUGAGGACGACCUGUACUACUACAACUUCACCCGCACGGUGAUCGCGGCGGGCGCCGAGGAGCGGCUGGCGGCCCACGGCCUGUUCCGGGAGGAGGAGCAGUGUGACCUCCCGAGAAUCUCACAGCUGGACGGCGUUGACGACGGGACAGAGAGCGACACCAGUGUCACGGCCACCACGAGGAAGACCAGCCAGAUUCCAAAAAGAAAUGGGAAAGAGAACGGGACGGAGAGCCUCAAGCUGGACCGGCCUGAAGACGGGGAGAAGGAGCAUGUCAUCAAGAGUUCUGGGGGCCACAAGAGCGAGUCCAAGGCGGAGAACUGCCACCCUGUGAGCCGAGGGAAGGGCCAGGGGCAGGACUCUCUGGAGGCUCAACUCAGCUCCUUGGAGUCCAGCCGCAGGGUCCACACAAGCGCUCCCUCGGACAAGGCCUUGCUGGACACCUACAACCCUGAGCUGCUAAAGUCGGAUUCCGACAACAACAACAGUGAUGACUGCGGGAACAUCCUGCCCUCAGACAUCAUGGACUUCGUCCUGAAGAACACGCCCUCCAUGCAGGCCUUGGGGGAGAGCCCCGAGUCCUCAUCCUCGGAGCUUCUGAACCUGGGUGAGGGCCUGGGCCUCGACAGCAACCGCGAGAAGGACAUGGGUCUGUUUGAAGUGUUUUCCCAGCAGCUGCCGACCGCAGAGCCUGUGGACAGCAGUGUCUCUUCGUCCAUCUCCGCCGAGGAGCAGUUCGAGCUGCCGCUGGAGCUGCCGUCUGACCUCUCAGUGCUGACCACGCGGAGCCCCACGGUCCCCGGCCCGAACCCCGGCCGGCUGGCCGUCAUCGCAGACGCAUCAGAGAAGAGGGUCGCCAUCCCGGAGAAGCCCGUGGCCGCCUCCGAGGAUGACCCAGCGCUGCUGAGCCCGGGAGUCGACCCCGCACCCGAAGGCCACAUGACCCCAGACCGCUUUAUCCAGGGACACAUGGACGCCGACCUCGCCAGCCCCCCGUGCGCAGUGGAGCAGAGCCGUGGCAGCAGCCAGGAUUUAACCAGGAGCAGCAGCACCCCCAGCCUCCAGGUACCGGCUUCCCCUACCGUGCCCGUCCAGAACCAGAAAUACGGGCCCAGCUCUGCCGAGAGCCCCGGCCCGUCUCAGAUCUCUAAUGCGGCCGUGCAGACCACGCCUCCCCACCUGAAGCCACCCACCGAGAAGCUCAUUGUUGUUAACCAGAACAUGCAGCCACUUUACGUGCUCCAGACGCUGCCGAACGGCGUGACCCAGAAAAUCCAAUUGACCUCUUCCGUUAGCUCUGCACCCGGUGUGAUGGAGGCAAACACUUCCGUGCUGGGGCCCAUGGGCAGUGGCCUCGCGCUGACCGCGGGGCUAAACCCAGGCCUGCAGACGCCUCAGCCUCUGUUCCCUCCUGCUGGCAAAGGCUUGCUGCCCGUGCCUCACCACCAGCACUUACACCCCUUCCCCACAGCUGCUCAGGGCAGUUUCCCGCCCACCAUCAGCAGCUCUCCUCCCGGCCUGCUCAUUGGGGUGCAGCCUUCUCCAGAUCCCCAACUUCUGGUGUCCGAAGCCAGCCAGAGGACAGACCUCAGCACCACGGUAGUCACUCCGUCCUCUGGACUCAAGAAAAGACCCAUAUCUCGCCUGCAGACCCGAAAGAAUAAGAAGCUUGCUCCCUCUAGCACCCCUUCCAGCAUUGCCCCCUCCGAUGUGGUUUCUAACAUGACACUGAUUAACUUCACACCCUCCCAGCUUCCAAAUCACCCCAACCUGUUAGAUUUGGGGUCACUUAACACGUCAUCUCACCGGACUGUCCCCAACAUCAUAAAAAGGUCUAAGUCCGGCGUCAUGUAUUUUGAACAGGCACCCCUGUUACCGCAGACGGUGGGCGGACCUGCCACGGCGACGGGCACAUCCACUGGGAGCCAGGACACUGGCCAUCUCGCUUCGGGGCCCAUGGCCGGCUUGGCAUCCGGUUCCUCGGUCUUGAAUGUCGUAUCCAUGCAAACGACAACAGCACCUACGAGUAGUGCGUCGGUUCCAGGACACGUCACAUUGACCAGCCCGCGGCUGCUGGGUGCCUCGGACACGGGCCCCAUAAGCAGCCUGUUAAUUAAAGCCAGCCAGCAGGGCCUGGGGGUCCAGGACACGCCCGGGGCUCUGCCGCCCAGUUCGGGAAUGUUUCCCCAGCUGGGAUCGCUGCAGACCCCCUCUACCUCGGCAAUGACGGCUGCAUCCGGCGUCUGCGUCCUCCCCGCAACGCAGACGGGGGGCCUAGCGGCCGCCUCCCCCUCCAAGGACACAGAAGAUCACUAUCAGCGUCAGCAUGUGAGCCAGCUCCUAGCCAGCAAAGCGGGAGUCCUCCCUUCCCAGCGGGACGCCGACGCUGCUCCAGACGCCCAGGGGCCCAGCUUCGCGCAGGCAGCGGAUGCUCCCGGCAGCCGGGGGCUGGAGCCGAAGAAGUCGGCUGUCUCCACCGGACAGGCCCGCACCGCCUCCCCUGCGGGCUCCCCCUCCUCCAGAGCCCAGUCCUCAAGCCCCUCCGUGUCCGGUCCCGCUCAGCCCAAACCAAAAAGCAAGCGUCUCCAGCUGCCUUCGGACAAAGGCAAUGGCAAGAAGCACAAGGCCUCCCACCUGCGGACCAGCUCCUCAGAAGCACACAUUCCGGACCAGGAGGCCCACACGUCCUCCCUGACCUCGUCCACAGGGGCCCCCGCCGCAGAGGCCGAGCAGCAGGACACAGCAGAUGGGGAGCCGGCGGCCCCGGAGUGUGGGCAACCCCCGGGGCAAAUGGCUGUUCUUCCUGAGGUUCAGACAACACAAAAUCCAGCAAAUGAACAAGAAAGUACAGACCCGAAGGCGGCGGAGGAGGAAGAUGGAGGCUUCAGCUCGCCGCUCAUGCUCUGGCUGCAGCAGGAACAGAAGCGCAAAGAAAGCAUCACUGAGAAAAAGCCCAAGAAAGGCCUGGUGUUUGAAAUCUCCAGUGACGACGGCUUCCAGAUCUGCGCCGAGAGCAUUGAAGAUGCCUGGAAGUCGCUGACGGAUAAAGUCCAGGAAGCACGAUCCAAUGCCCGGCUAAAGCAGCUCUCGUUUGCAGGUGUGAGCGGCUUGCGGAUGCUGGGCAUCCUCCACGACGCGGUCGUGUUCCUGACCGAGCAGCUGUCGGGCGCCAAGCACUGCAGGAAUUACAAGUUCCGCUUCCACAAGCCGGAGGAGGCCAACGAACCGCCCCUGAACCCGCACGGCUCAGCCCGGGCCGAGGUGCACCUGAGGAAGUCGGCGUUUGACAUGUUUAACUUCCUGGCUUCCAAGCACCGGCAGCCGCCUGAGUACAACCCCCACGACGAGGAGGAGGAGGAGGUGCAGCUCAAGUCGGCCCGGAGGGCGACCAGCAUGGACCUGCCCAUGCCCAUGCGCUUCCGGCACUUGAAGAGGACGUCUAAGGAGGCUGUUGGCGUCUACAGGUCUCCCAUCCACGGCCGGGGUCUCUUUUGUAAGAGAAACAUUGAUGCGGGUGAGAUGGUGAUCGAGUACGCUGGCAAUGUCAUCCGCUCCAUCCAGACUGACAAGAGAGAGAAGUACUAUGACAGCAAGGGCAUCGGCUGCUACAUGUUCCGCAUCGACGACUCGGAGGUGGUGGACGCCACCAUGCACGGCAACGCGGCGCGCUUCAUCAACCACUCGUGCGAGCCCAACUGCUACUCGCGCGUCAUCAACAUCGACGGGCAGAAGCACAUCGUCAUCUUCGCGAUGCGCAAGAUCUACCGCGGGGAGGAGCUCACCUACGACUACAAGUUCCCCAUCGAGGACGCCAGCAACAAGCUGCCCUGCAACUGUGGCGCCAAGAAAUGCCGCAAGUUCCUCAACUGA